GAGAGAGUGAGGAGGAAGAGGAGGAGGUGCCGUCCCACAAUACCAGGCGGGCGGGCGGUAGGCGGUUUGUAUCCGGGCUGUGAGGUGCUCGGCGCCUCCGCGGACCUUGCUGCCUCUGUCUCUUUAACGCGAGAGGAAGCGAUGCGGAGGGGUGGAAAAUGGCAGAGCUGCAGAUGUUACUAGAGGAGGAGAUCCCGUCUGGCAAGAGGGCGCUGAUAGAGAGUUACCAGAAUCUGACCCGGGUGGCGGACUACUGUGAAAACAACUACAUACAGGCUGCAGAUAAGAGAAAAGCUUUAGAAGAGACCAAAGCCUACACAACCCAAUCCCUAGCUAGUGUUGCUUAUCAAAUAAAUGCAUUGGCCAACAAUGUACUCCAGUUGCUGGAUAUCCAAGCCUCUCAGCUUCGGAGAAUGGAGUCUUCCAUCAAUCAUAUCUCACAGACUGUGGACAUUCAUAAAGAAAAAGUAGCUCGAAGAGAGAUUGGCAUUUUGACAACAAAUAAGAAUACAUCAAGAACUCACAAAAUAAUAGCACCUGCAAAUAUGGAGCGCCCUGUAAGGUAUAUUCGGAAACCUAUUGACUAUACAGUUCUGGAUGAUGUGGGCCAUGGUGUCAAGUGGCUAAAAGCCAAGCAUGGAAAUAACCAGCCUGCAAGAACUGGCACACUGUCGAGAACAAAUCCUCCUACUCAGAAACCACCAAGCCCUCCCAUGUCAGGCCGGGGAACACUGGGACGAAAUACUCCUUACAAAACCCUGGAACCUGUUAAACCCCCAACAGUUCCUAAUGACUACAUGACAAGUCCUGCUAGGCUCGGAAGUCAACAUAGUCCAGGCAGGACAGCUUCUUUAAACCAGAGACCGAGGACACACAGUGGAAGUAGUGGAGGGAGUGGAAGUCGAGAAAACAGUGGAAGCAGCAGUAUUGGCAUUCCCAUUGCCGUGCCUACACCUUCACCACCCACUAUUGGACCAGAAAACAUUUCUGUCCCUCCUCCUUGUGGAGCUCCACCAGUAUCACCUCCUCCACCACUUCUCCCAGUGAACACUGUGAUAGCAGCGCCGGGUUCAGCUCCUGGUUCCCAGUAUGGCACAAUGACCAGGCAGAUUUCCCGACACAACUCGACCACCUCCUCGACAUCUUCUGGUGGAUACAGACGAGCUCCCUCUGUGACUGCUCAGUUUUCUGCUCAGCCUCAUGUUAAUGGAGGUCCACUUUAUUCUCAGAAUUCAAUUUCUGUUGCUCCACCCCCUCCCCCUAUGCCUCAGUUGACUCCACAGAUACCUCUCACAGGCUUCGUGGCCAGGGUGCAGGAAAACAUUGCUGAUAGUCCAACCCCACCACCGCCACCUCCCCCAGAUGACAUUCCUAUGUUUGAUGACUCUCCACCUCCGCCACCACCACCCCCAGUGGAUUAUGAGGAUGAAGAGGCUGCAGUAGUUCAGUAUAAUGAUCCAUAUGCAGAUGGGGAUCCUGCUUGGGCCCCCAAGAAUUAUAUUGAGAAAGUUGUGGCAAUAUAUGAUUAUACGAAAGACAAGGAUGAUGAGCUAUCAUUUAUGGAGGGUGCAAUCAUUUAUGUAAUAAAGAAGAAUGACGAUGGCUGGUAUGAAGGAGUCUGCAAUCGAGUGACUGGUCUGUUCCCUGGGAACUAUGUUGAAUCAAUCAUGCACUAUGCUGAUUAAAUUUUUUGCUUUUAAAGUAGGUUCUUAUUAUUCAGUCAUACUGUGGGACUAUUAUGGUUAACAGAAUUGUCUUAAAAUGUUUUCAAAUGUGCCCAUAUUUUCAGGACAUGCUGUUUUAUUGGUAUAAUUGAAUGUCUACCUGUAAGCAUAAGUCUUUGAGGCAGUUUGUGUAUUGCUAAACAGCAAUUAAUACAGGAGGCUGUCCAUACCUGAUUAUGCUUAUGUACUUACUUACACAGUUAACUUUAUGACCAGCCUAAGUAUUCUGGGGGUGUGGGGUAGAAUAUUUAACAAAUCAUGAUUCAGACUGUACCAUUACAUGUUUCCGUGCAGCAUGGUUACUAACGCUAUGUCAGACUAAUAUUAAAAUCAGAAAACUUCAAUCCUGGUGCUGGUCAUACUUUUUGUUUAGACUUUCUCAUUCUUGAAAUAUAUUUGUUUAAAGCAUGCAUACAAAUUUACGUAUUGAAAUAUACUUAAAAAAUCCAAGAUGCUUCCAAUUUGUGUAAUAUUUACUUGGAGUACUCGUACUUAGGUCUCUUGAAACGAAUUGAGUCUCUAAGGUCUCCAUGUGAAACAAAACAAAGGGUUAUCUGUAAUGUUGUAAUUUGUACCUAAGUUUUUUAAUGAGUGAAUUUGCAUUAUAAAUUUUUUCCAUUCAUAAAUAAGUGAACCAAAGGUUUUUGUCCUUUCCUUCACUGGUUUGCUUUUAAAAUGAAUGAAUAAAUAAAUAAAUAAAGUAUACUGAUUUAUUGCAGAA